AUGGGUAUUAUCGAUAAUUUUAAAUCAUUUGUGCACUCUAUCACUACAGAGGAUCAUUAUGCGUCUUAUGAUUCGCCAUACAAAAAUUCAGCAGUUAAUAAUGUUGGAACUACAGUUGGAGGCGGCAAUUCGAGUUCAAGAUUGCACGAGUUGAACCGUUUGGCCACAGCUAAUUCGUCGAGUCAUUCGCUUAUUGAAGGAGGUAAUAAUGGUAGCAGAACUUCGUUGUCGCGUAACGGGUCAUCGACUACUGUUGGUUACAGACCAGGAUUGAGAUCAUCGAACACGAAUUCGUCGGAGCUUCAACUUCAAAAUUUGAAUGCUAGUGGGCAACCACCGUUGCCAUCAAUCGACUCAUUGUGGGACCGUAUUGAGAGCUGGUUAGAGGAAGAAUACCCCGAAUUGGGAGACAAUUUGAAUGACGGAGUUACCACUGCGGAUUUGAAUGAGUUUGAGAACGACUUGGGAUGUGGAUCGUUGCCGGUAGAAAUAAGGCAAUUUUAUAAGAGGCACGACGGACAGUUCAGAGGCGGAAAGCCUACUGGGUUGGUAAUGGGCUUGACGUUGUUAGAUUUAGAAGGUAUAAUAGAAGAAUAUGCUAUUUGGGCUAAGGUUAACCAAAGAUUGGAAAAACAACAAUAUAUGUUCCAACACCAACAGCAACAGCAACAGAACCAGAAGGCCACGUCGUCGACCAAUGCUUCUGAAGCACAGGGUAAUCAAAACAAGAUCAACAACUCGUUUAUUGCCAAUCAAAAAUCGAUUCCACCAAAUGCCAUUCAACCAUAUUACGCGCACCGUGGUUGGAUUCCAUUUUUGAAGGAUUUCUGUGGUAACCAGAUUGCUAUUGACUUAGCGCCAGGUCCACAAGGUCACUGGGGUCAAAUUAUAAUUUUUGGUCGAGAUUAUGAUACAAAGUUGGUUAUUGCAUCGAAUUUACAAGAGUUCAUUUUUGGAUUUGUUUCAGACUUGGAGUUAGGAAACUUUCAGAUUGAUCAAAAUGAUCAAGAUGACGGCUUUUUGGAUGGCUCCAGAAACGACGAUGAUUACAUGAUCGGUGAUGGUGAAGAAGAUCAGGGUGAGUUAUGUUUCCGUGAUAGAGAGAAGAAAGAAUUUGGUAACUCUAUAAAGGGCAGGUUUACAUAUUUAGAGGUGUUAAAGAGAAGAGCUUUGAAAAAGUUUGGUAUAAGUAAUCUCGAAAAGUUCUCGACUUCUUUCACCCCUCAGAGAAUGCCUCAUUCCAAACCGAAUGCCAGUGGUGCCUCAUCUCCAGUUAGAGCGGCCAGUCCUAGUAUGUCUGGUACAACUGCCAAUACGAAUAAGUCCCAGAACCCUUUGAUCAAUAUGGAAAGUAGUAGUAAGGUUGCUUUACCAAAGGAGACUCUUAUUGACGAAGACGAAAAGGUUCCAGAAGAACCAGUUAAGAAGUCUGGAGUGGAAAAGGUAAAGGACGCCGCUGCUGCGGAACCAGAAAAAGAAACAAAACAAAAUGAUGAAAUCAUAGAAGAAAAACCCGUAGAAACCCCAGCCAAGGAAGAUGACAAGGAAGAAGAAAAAGAACAAGAAAAUGAAGAUGACAACGAAGAGGCCGCAACCCCUGAAGAUGAACAAAAUAAGGAUGCAAAACCUUUAACCAAAACCCAAAAAAAGAAUCAAAACAAGAAGGCUAAAAAGCAACAGCAGAAACAAAAGCAAAAUGAGGCGAACGAUGUAGAAGAAGUAGCUGAAGAUUUGAAUGAUGUUGCGUUAUAA